AUGGGGGGGUCUCUGGCCAGGAAGACUCAGAUGCAGCUCCAGCUGAGCAAGAGCAUGGCUGAGGAGUUGGGACUGGGCUUUGAAGAAUCAGCCAGUGUGGACAUGCUGCCUGGAGGCGGAGGCAGCAGUGGCAGCAGAGCCGGGCUAGAAGCCAGGAGCCACAGGCGGCCCUGGACUCUCACCUGCUGCCUGCUCUUGCUUCCCAUUCUCACAGGACUCACCAUCUACCUGCUCGUGGGCCAGCUCUGGGCCCAAGGAGAGGACUGCAUUCUGGACCAGAUCCCAAAAGAAAAGGCGUUUCUACCUUUACAUCAGCGAGCCUACAUGCCGCCACCCAGAGCGGACGGAGGCAAGCCCAGGGCACACCUGACAGUUAUAAAACAACCUCCCACACACCACUUGAAAGACCAGUUACAGGCUAUGCACUGGGAGCAUGAGCUGGGCUUGGCCUUCACCAAAAACCGGAUGAACUACACCAACAAAUUCCUGGUGGUCCCAGAAUCAGGAGACUACUUCAUUUACACCCAGAUCUCAUUCCGAGGGACCUCCUCUGAGUGUGGUAACAUAGAUCAAAGAAAACAACAGAAUAAGCCAGAUUCCAUUAUUGUGGUCAUCACCAAAGUAACAGACAGGUACCCUGAGCCCUCCCAGCUCCUCAUGGGGACCAAGUCUGUGUGUGAAAUAAGUAGCACCUGGUUCCAGCCCCUCUACCUCGGGGCCAUGUUCUCCUUGCAAGAAGGGGACAAACUGAUGGUGAAUGUCAGCGACCUCUCUUUGGUGGAUUACACAAGAGAAGAUAAAACCUUCUUUGGCGCCUUCUUGUUAUAG